GAUGUGUCCGGGCUGCUCCCCUUCCAGAUGUCGGUCUCAAAACGAGCUCGAAAGGCCUCCAGUGACCUGGAUCAAGCCAGCAUGUCUCCAUCCGAGGAGGAGAACUCGGAAAGCUCCUCCGAGUCAGAGAAGACCAGUGACCAGGACUUCACCCCCGAGAAGAAAGCCGUGGUCCGGGCCCCACGGCGGGGCCCCCUUCCAGGGCGGAAGAAAAAGAAGGCGCCGUCAGCCUCCGACUCGGACUCGAAAGCAGAAUCGGACGGGGCCAAGGCUGAGCCUGUGGCCGUGGCGAGGUCGGCGUCCUCCUCCUCCUGCUCCUCCUCCUCCGACUCGGACGUGUCCGUAAAGAAGCCUCCUCGGGGCAGGAAGCCAGCCGAGAAGCCUCCCCCCAAGCCCCGCGGGCGGAAACCGAAGCCUGAGCGGCCACCGACCACCUCGAGCAGCGACAGCGACAGCGACGAGGUGGACCGCAUCAGCGAGUGGAAGCGCCGGGACGAGGAGCGGCGGCGUGAGCUGGAGGCGCGGCGGCGCAGGGAGCAGGAGGAGGAGCUGCGGCGGCUGCGGGAGCGCGAGAAGGAGGAGAAGGAGCGGCGGCGUGGGCGGGAGCGCGGGGAGGCGGCGCGUGCGGGCAGCGCCGGCAGCAGCGGCGACGAGCUCAAGGACGACGACGAGCCUGUCAAGAAGCGCGGCCGGAAGGGCCGGGGCCGGGGCCCCCAGUCCUCCUCCGACUCGGAGCCCGAGGCCGAGCUGGACAGAGAGGUGAAGAAAUCAGCGAAGAAGUUGCACCUGCAAAGCACAGAGCCUGCGCGGAGACCCAGCCAGAAGGAGAAGAGAGGCCGCCCCGAGGAGAAGCCCCGGACCAGGCCCACGAAGGUGGAACGGACCCGGAAGCGGUCGGAAGGGUUCCCACCAGACCGGAAGGCUGAGAAGAAGAAAGAACCUUCGGUGGAGGAGAAGCUUCAGAAGCUGCACAGCGAGAUCAAGUUCGCCCUGAAGGUUGACAAUCCGGAUGUGAAGAGGUGUCUGAACGCAUUAGAGGAACUAGGGACCCUGCAGGUGACCUCACAGAUCCUCCAGAAGAACACGGACGUGGUGGCCACGUUGAAGAAGAUCCGCCGCUACAAGGCCAACAAGGAGGUGAUGGAGAAGGCUGCGGAGGUCUACACCCGGCUCAAGUCUCGGGUCCUGGGACCAAAGAUCGAGGCCAUCCAGAAGGCGACCAGAACUGGGCCGGAGAAGGCUGAGGAGAUACUGGCUGGAGAGGAGGCCCCUGCGGAGAGGGCGGAGGACGAGGCGAGCGCUGAUCUCUCAGCCCCUGUGAACGGCGAGGCCACAUCCCAGAAGGGGGAGAGCACGGAGGACAAGGAGCCGGAGGAAGGACAGAACUCAGAGGAGGGGCCGGGGGGCGGCUCCUCUGAAGAUCCACUACACAACGACAGCGCGCGGGAGGGCCCCGACCUGGACGGGCCCGGGAAGGAGCGGCAGGAGCGGGAGAGGCCGCGGGUGGACUCGGAGUCCCUGGACGACGAGGACAGCUGAGCCGGGCAGCCUGUGGCCAGGCCCCGCUGCCAUGUGCAGCUGCCCCGAGGCCUGCCUGGCUCCUUCCCGGCACCCAGGGAGCAGAGAACUGUUGGGGAGACGCUGUGUUGUUCGUUUGUAUUUGUCCCCCUGGGUUUUUUUUCUGCCUAAUUUCUGUGAUUUCCAACGGACAUGAAAUGACUAUAAAGGGUUUUUUUUAAUGAAAAAAAAGUUGCUUUUAUUGGCUCGGUUUUCUAGCAUCACUGGUUUGCAGUUGUCAAGGGGCCGUCCAGGGACAGAGGGUUUUAAGCCAUAGGGUCAUCGUGAACAGUGAAUAUGAAUUUGGCUCUGACGGUGCUCCAGGCCCUGCAGGGCUGACGGGGGCAGUGAGCAAGGCCUUUCCAAAAGUACCAGGAGGGAUGCUGAGGGCUGGCUGUUGUCCUCGAUGUUCACAGGGUGUGGGUGUUGGGGGCAGGCCUCGCUGUGUGACAUGGGCCGAGUGACACCCCACACUCUAGGCUUCUCUGUGCUCACCUGUCGCUUGGAUUCAGAUGGGGGAUGUGUGUGCGGUGCCCAGCCAGGCACCUGCACACGGCGGUUGCUGGUUAAACGGUGGCCUCUACCGUGUGUCCCGUCCUGCCGGUGGCUGAGCCCGUCUGUCCCGGCUGAGCGAGAGGCGUGGUGUGGUUUUGCUCCCUGGG